AUGACACAAGUCCCUAAAAAGCUCAAAUGUCACACAAGAGUCAUCACACAGAGGAGUGUGAAGGCUGGUAGGAAACGUGUUGACACAUUCACUACCAGGUCACACAAGAGUCAUCACACAGAGGAGUGUGAAGGUCACACAAGAGUCAUCACACAGAGGAGUGUGAAGGCUGGUAGGAAACGUGUUGACACAUUCACUACCAGGUCACACAAGAGUCAUCACACAGAGGAGUGUGAAGGUCACACAAGAGUCAUCACACAGAGGAGUGUGAAGGCUGGUAGGAAACGUGUUGACACAUUCACUACCAGGUCACACAAGAGUCAUCACACAGAGGAGUGUAACGGCUGGUGUGUUGACACAUUCACUACCAGGUCACACAAGAGUCAUCACACAGAGGAGUGUGAAGGCUGUUUGAAGGUACAUAUAUUGUCAAUUCAUACAGAAGAUGAACCUUAUAAGUGCACAACAUGUGGAAAAUCCUUUAAACACAAAAACAGUUUGAAGGUACAUAUAUUUUUGAAGGUACAUAUAUUGUCAAUUCAUACAGAAGAGAAACCUUAUAAGUGCACAACAUGUGGAAAAUCCUUUAACCGCAAAGACAGUUUGAAGGAACAUAUAUUGUCGGUUCAUACAGAAGAGAAACCUUAUAAGUCGCAUAUAUUGUCGGUUCAUACAGAAGAGAAGAAACCUUAU